UUAUGUUAAUUUUGAUAGCGUUAUUAUUUAAUUUUUGUUUCAAAUGGUAUCGACUAUUAAGUUAUUGGAAAUCACGUAAUAUUAGUGGACCCAAACCGUUACCCGUUUACGGUAAUAUGUUUGAACGGUUUUACAAACCAUACGCCCGAAUACAACUAGACUGGUGUAGAAAAUUUGGCAAAAUUUUCGGUGUAUACUCUGGCGAUAAGCCAGUCCUGAUUGUUGCCGACCGGGUAGUCAUCAAACAAAUACUAGUCAAAGAUUUUCAUUUAUUUCGUAACCGCGGCGGCGGCGGUAGUGGUGGUGGUCCCGGAUCUAUACACCCGAUACUAUCAAAGUCCAUAUUUGUGGCCCGCGAUGACCAGUGGCGUCAAAUACGUAUGAUAUUUAGUCCGACAUUUACCGCAUCAAAGUUACGCCAUAUGUACGGCCUAAUGGACCGAUGUUCAGCCGAUCUUAUUGGCCAUUUGGACAACAGUUUGCUAACUACCGCCGGCACAGAGACAGCUGAUGGCACAGAGACAGUAGCGGCACUGGAUCUGCGACAAACAAUGGGCUCCUAUACUAUGGAUGUGAUAGCCCGGUGCGCGUUCGGCAUCCAAUCGGAUGUCUACCGAUCGGACAAUCAGCUAACCUCCAGUGCUAAUCAAACAUUUGCCGCUAUACCCGUGUGGAGGCUAAUACUAACCGCUAGUCUACCGAAAUUUUGGUGGAAACUAGUCGACCGAUUGGUCAGUUUAGUCGCCCGAAUAGUUAGUAUAGUCAGCGGCGGUAAAGGCGGUCAACAACAACAGCCGCCUCUCGAAAAUGUUUCCCAUUUUUUCAUACAAUUGUCGCGCGAUUUCAUUAGUAAACGAUUGAACAGAGAGGUCGGUGCCGUCGGCACUGAUGGCCAGCCAUUGAUAUUCAAUGAUUUUUUGCAGCUUAUGAUUGACUCGUCGACCGACAACUAUUCAAAUGGACAGCUAAACAACAACAGCACCCGUAGGUUAACCGAAAACGAAAUCCUAGGCCAGUGUUAUGUAUUUUUUAUUGCCGGCUACGAUGCACUGGUAUCUGCAUUGGCCUACUGUCUACACGAACUGGCCGUUAGACCUGAACUACAGGACCGGCUAUACGAUGAAAUCAGCGGAUUGUUUGCCGACACCGACGAGUCUACUAUCGAUUACAAUGAUCUCAAGCGCCUGGAGUUUAUGGAUGCCGUCCUAAAGGAAACCUUACGACACUAUCCGCCGGUUAUAAACCUGGAACGUGAGGCCCGACAGGACGUAACACUAACCGAUAGUACUGGUAGUAGUAGUAUAGUCAUAGCCAAAGGUACACAACUGGAGAUACCGGUGUAUGCCAUACAUCACGACCGGGACUACUAUCCCGAACCCGAUUUGUUCGAACCAAACCGUUUUAUGUCGACGUCGGGUGGCGGGGCUGAUGGCGGCCAAUGGCCACCAAUUGAGUCGUACACAUACAUGCCGUUUGGUUUGGGUCCGCGUAACUGUUUGGGCACACGUUUGGCCGUACAGUCGGCCAAACUAGCACUCGUCAAACUGGUCAGCAGAUAUCGGUUCAGUCCCGUAGCCGAUACCCAGUGGCCGCCCGAGUUUAUUUCGGGUGCUUCCCGUCGGUUUCAACUACAAGCCGAUCGCUUAAUUGUCGGUAUUCACAAACGUGUUGUUUUUUGAUUAGGUUAUGGGUGUAUGGGUGGGUGUGUUUGGUGGGAUUAUAUUUGAAUAUUGUGGGUGUGGGUGAUUUGAUUUUUAAAAAUUAAAAUAAUUGAAUAAUAUCUAUAAUAUAAUAUUUA